GGGGCUCGGCACCUGCGGGAUGCUGGCUUGGUGCAGCGGCACAGUGCGGGCGCCGAGCUGUUCGUCAGGGCAAUGAGCGGGUGCCGAGCGGCCGCUUGGCUCAGGGCCUGUGGUGCACGCCUCGUGAAGCAGCCUUUGGAAGCAGGCGUGAAUGACAGAGGAGGUGCCUCCGACUGCACUUUCCGACGUAAACCUGCGUCUUCUCUGCCACGAUGACAUAGACACAGUGAAACAGCUCUGUGGUGACUGGUUCCCAAUCGAGUACCCUGACUCAUGGUACCGAGAUAUCACUUCCAACAAGAAGUUUUUUUCCCUCGCAGCCACAUACAGAGGCUCCAUCGUGGGAAUGAUAGUAGCAGAGAUCAAGAGCAGAACAAAGGUGCAUAAAGAGGAUGGAGACAUCCUAGCUUCCAGUUUUCCUGUGGACACUCAAGUUGCUUACAUCCUAAGUCUUGGUGUGGUGAAGGAGUUCAGGAAACAUGGAAUAGGUUCUCUCUUGCUUGAAAGUUUAAAAGACCAUAUAUCAACAACUGCCCAAGAUCACUGCAAAGCCAUCUACCUGCACGUCCUUACCACUAACAACACGGCAAUAAACUUCUACGAAAACAGAGACUUUAAGCAGCACCACUAUCUGCCCUAUUACUAUUCCAUAAGAGGGGUCCUCAAAGAUGGCUUCACCUACGUUCUGUACAUCAAUGGUGGACAUCCACCCUGGACAAUCUUUGACUACCUACAGCACAUUGGAUCAACACUAGCCAGUCUGAGCCCGUGCUCAAUUCCCCAGAGGAUAUAUCGACAAGCCCAGAGCCUUCUCUGCAGCCUUCUGCCGUGGUCUGGCAUUUCUGCCAAGAGUGGCAUUGAAUACAGCCGGACGAUGUGACUUGAUCAGCAGAUGUACAAAAACCAAAGGAUUGUUCUUCCUUCCACCUCCCGAACCAUCCGGCUCUGCACUGAUUCCAGAGAUGAUGGCUCUUGGUCAGUGACCCAGCCCCCUGAAAAGGACUCCUUAUUCCACAGAUUGACCAAGAUUUGGCAGACUUUGCACUCAACCGGCUGCAGCCCCGACCUACCCCCGUGGGCUGGGGUCUGCGAGUGCUGCCUGGGCAGGCCUGGCUCUCGUGCGAGGCAGCUGGCGGUGCCGAGGGCCUUCUGCGUCACCGGUGUGCGUGUGCGUGUUGCACUGCCCCUGCCACUUCCCUUCCUCUGGACGGUUUGCUUGUACUCGUAUACGUGACGUGGAGGGGUUCAGUUGCUGCUUCCGUGCCAUGGCUACACACGGCAGCGUGAAUGAGGGGAGUGAAUCUGCACUGAGCAACCACCUAAAUGAGCUGUAAGCACCCUGGCAGGCCCCUGCUGCCAGAAGCCGCACUCUGCCCUGGUGGAGGGGGAAGUGAGGAGCUGGGCGGCAGCUUCUGGGUCCUGCUUCCUGCCCCCUGGCAGGGACUGCGGGGAGGGCACGUGCCUCGCUUGAGAAACAAGCCCAGCCCUCUGGCGUGACGUAAAAAAGAAGCACCUAAUUCAGGAUGCAUCAAGUAGAAGGCAGGGACUGAAAUUGCUAUUUCAUAGUGAAAUAUAUAUUAUACUGUAUAGAUCUUUCUGCCUCUGUCUGAGUUGGAACUUUGCAGAGGAGGGGCCUGGGGCUGGGGAGCCGCUGCUGCUGCCAGAGCCCCUCUCUUCCCCUGCCUGCAUCCUCCCUUGGCCUUGGGGCGCGCUCCUGCAGGGCCGCGGGUGUGGGAGCUGCACGCAGGUCACUACAGCUCUUCUCUGCUGGAGAAAAGCCCCCAGUGCUGCUUGCUGGCGUGCUCGAGGCUGCGCUCUGUGGGCAUCGCCAUGGGGCUGUGCCCUCGGCCACCCUCCCUGCGGCUCUGUGGGGGCCUCGCGGCCUGGCUGCGGACGCGCCGUGGCCGGGCCAGGCAGGCUCUGGGCUCACCAGCACGUAGCUUGCAGCCUGCGGGGAGAGCCCCGAGGUUCCCGCGUGCUGCAGCCGGGCCAGGCCCCUUCCUGCACCUCGGAGGGAUGGGGAGCGAGCGCUUGGUUUUGAAGGGGGGAGUCGCUGCAGCUGAGCCAGUGUCCGUGUCCGAGGUGCAGGGGUACCUGCGCCCCUUCCCUGCCUGAGGCUCUUUCCCUGCUCAGCACCGCCUUCCUCCCGCCCCUCUUGCAUGCCAAUUGUGAAACUGGGGCUUGAGCAAAGGCAGCGUGAGCUGCAGCAGUCCGAGUGUGCAGGCAGGGAGUGGGGCUGAGCCGCGAUCUGGGGCAGUGUUAGACCUAGGAGGAGAGAAAGCGGUAAGGUCUUGCAGGCCACAUGGUGUACAGAGGCAGUUUGGUGUUCAUAACGCCCUAAGAUAGGAGUUAAAUAGUAAAAGGGUGCAGGAGGGGAGCUUGCUGCAGGUGGUUCCUGGAGGAGGCCGGGAGCAGCUCAGCGCUGAGCGCUGCUGCCAGCGCUGCUCUGGGCUCUGCCUCAGCCCGAAGCCCCCACACAGAAAGCCCCGCUGGGCACAGCUCGCCUGCUGUCCUGCCAGCCCUGGCUGCAGGAAGCGUUUUUCAGGCCCCACGGCCCACAACUACGGCAUUUUGGGGAAGUAGAAGGCUGUGCUGUGGGGAGGAGCUGGUUGCUCUGCCGGGGCUAGACUAGGUUUGGCUCAAUGAGAGGCCGGUAGGAGAGGAACGGUGGUGUGAGGACAGUGCAGCGUGGAGAACCUCCGUCUGUGGGGCCCUUCCAGCAGUGAGACCCUGCUCUGAGCUUGUCAGUGGCCUUGCGCUGAGGCUGUAGAGCCAAUGCACUCCUGAGGCCCCUCUCAACCUGUACGCCUCCUUCCGCUUCAGUUCAGCGAUGUAGGCAGCGCUGUGAGGUCAGGCUGCGCUGGGUGAAACGCAGCAGGCAGUGCGGGGCUGGAGGGGCUUGAUUUUGUGGCAUACGUAGGGAAAAAAAAAAUGUAGAAAGAGCACUGGGGCAGGGAGCUGCAGGACGAGCCGGGCUGGGGCUCGGGGCUUCAGCUGUGGUGCCUCUCCUGAGGCUUCUGGCUGCGGCAGGGAGGGGAGCUGCCCCAGAGCUGGGGCACACAACGUGACGGCCUGGGGGGCCGUGCGGCCGUUCCGUGUGUGCUGCAGUGGUGCAGGAACCGAGCCCGGCACAGCCCGCAGCGCGGUGGCUCUGCUUCGCGGGACGGGGCACCGCUGCGCCGCCGCCAGCUCACCUGAGCUGCUCCUGCACCACAGCGGGCAGGGGGCUCCCGGUGUGCCCCUGGCCGUGCGCUUGGCAGGGUCCUGUGGCCCCGUGCCCACUGUCCCCAGCUGACGGGGGUGGGUGGCAGGAGCACAGGCACCCUCCCCACGUCCCGGGGGCCGGGCUCUCCGCACGCAGCCCUCCAGCGCACGCCAGCACCCUUUGCCCUAGGUCUGGGCCCCAGCGGAGGCUGCUGCCCCCAGCCCCUUGCGCCAGGGCUCCGAGACGGCGCAGCCCCCGCGGGUGCCUCGCCUGGGUUCCCCAGCCCUGAGCCUGCGGGGAGCUGGCGCCGCCUUGGCUUUGCCGAGGCGCCGGCUGGGGGGGCUUUGGCCGUCCCCACUGUCCCCACCGCAGCCACCGCUCCUUGCUCUGUCCGCCUCCCGUUGGCGGGGGAGUGGGGGGACGGGCCCCCACAGUCCCUCGCUGCGGGGGGGGGGGGCCCGAAGCACCCUGGAACCCUCAUUUGGGUCACCACUUUCUUUUUUUUUUUUUUUUUUUUUUUUUUUCUUAUUUACCUAAACGUUUCUAUUGGUUUGUAUGGGUUUAUUUAGCAACUGAAGCUCCUGGCUCUUUGGCACUCGCUUUCUCUGUCCCAGAACGAAUCUCUGCAUCGCUCCUGGGGGCCUGGGACUGGCGUCCCCCCCACCCCAUUGUAUCCUGCCCCCACACACCCUCACUCCUCUGCUGCCCUUGAGCACAUCCCCCGGGGACCUGUGACUGGUCUGUGUCUGUUGUUCCCCUGUCACCCUGUCCUGAGGUGUCAGUCACAUCCCCGCCUCACAGCCCGUUAUUUAUUGAAGAGCAUCGUGCUGCCACUGUCAGCCUCUCUCUAAACGUCUUCAAUUAAACCAAACCUCUUUUGCGAGUUGUUUGUCACUUUAUGCAGGUGCCUGCCUCUCCUCGGCUGCUCAGGCCCCGUCCCCUGACCCUGUGCUCUGCCGAGGCGAGGUGACCGCACGCCCCCUUCACCCGGGCUGUGGGACGCCUCCGGCGGGGCACUGCCAGGCCCGGGGCUGGUGAGCACCCGAGCGGGGCCUUACUGGGUGCUGCUGGGACCGUCCCCAGGGCUGCUCGAGCACAGCUCAGGCCUGGGGCAAGCCGGGUGCUCCCACCACAGCCCUGGGAGGACGCAGCAGCCCCUCUGCCUGCUCCGCCUGGCGGGGGAACGGCUGCUGGUGGAGGCAGCUGCCUCCCUCCUGCCUGGGGCAGCGCGGCUCUCACCCAGGGCUGAGCUGACUCAGCAGCGGUUGCGGCGCAGAUCCUGCUCCGCAGGUCGGGACCACGCAGCGCCGCGGCCCUGCUCGCCUGCUGUGUUGCAACGGGGCUGCGGGGUGGGUGGAGGGCGUUAGCAGGGCUGGGCCGAAAUGGCUGCCCCUGCCUCAGCCAGCGGGGCCUUGCGCUGCAGCCCCGCAGCCACCGCAGCAUCGGUGCCCCCGGGGUUCCUGCUGCUGCCCAAGGGCCGGCUGCAGCCCAGACGAACGCCCACCACGCUCGUGACGUGCGCAGCCGGGGCCCCGGAGGCGCUUCGGCACCCCAAGUGGGGCAGCUGGCUUCAGCCUGGUGCACGGCCCAUUUUGGAGUAACCUAACAGCGAAAGCUGAACGGAGCUGCAGCCCCCUGCGCUGCCCCAAGUCCUGCAGCCCCUUUGCCCCACGAGCUGUCCUGGCCCCAUGCGCCGAGGCCCCCCCGGGC